AUGCCCCGAUAUGGAGAAUGGCUGCGAGCGUCCGAGCCGGAAAGGAUGGCAUUGUCGCGGUACUUCUUGCGGCAGAACCCCCACAUUGCUGCUUUCCACUUCUACCGCCGAUACUGUUUCUUUCGAGAUAUCGUGUUGCGGAAGAAGUUCAACGUCACGGAUUACUGGGAUCGGUAUGAAUGGCAAGGGCGUGGUAGUCGCACAACCACGGUCUGUACUGGGAUGCAGGAGAGCCCGGCCGUCGACAUGGAGGACGAAGCUGCUCGUAACAUAUUUGCACGCACGUGGGGCUUCCACAUCACGGCCUGA